CCAGGGGGAAUUCUCAACCACAACCUCUGUAUCCGGUAGUGGCAGAUGGAAAGAGAAACGGUUAGAAAAGCGUGCUUCUUGCGCAGGAAAGUUGGAGCAAAGAAGAGUUCAGAAGUGGGCGGGUGUGUGUUCAAAAAAAAAAAAAAAAAGGGUGGAAACCCUACCAGCCAAGUCUGCAGAAAAAAAAUGAAGUCUGCCUAUCUCCGGGCCAGAGCCCCUCCCCUCGGCCCGCGCGGGAGGAGUGUGACCCAGGUGCCGCUUCCUCUCGCCGUUGAGGGUCAGGAGCCCGGGAGCGCGACCCUCCCCCGGCCCGGCCCGGUCCGGCCCUUCCCCGCGGUCUCUGCCCGGGCUGAUGCCCAGGACGAGCAGCCCCAACGGCACGGCGCGGCCACUCAGCCUCGGGCCUUAUCCAGGGGUGACCUCCGCCUCCACCACAAUGGACAUUACCACCAUUGACAGUGAGCUCUCAUCGCACAGCCCCACCACAAUGUACACUUCUAUCACUGCAGGGCCUUAUCCAGGGGUGACCUCCGCCUCCACCACAAUGGACAUCACCACCACUGAAGGUGAGGUCUCAUCGCAGAGCCCCACCACAAUGUACACUUCUAUCACUGCAGGGCCUUAUCCAGGGGUGACCCAUGCCCUCACCACAACGGACAUUGCCAUCAUUGCAGGGCCUUUGUGUUUGCCGACUCCUCUCUCCAGAACGCUUCGCCCUGAUCUUCAAAUGCCUGGCUCCUUCUUAUCCAGAUGCCAGCUCCUCAGAAGUCUACUCUGGUCAUUGCACCUGCUCUCGUCUCCCCAGCCUGCUCCUUCGCUUUGCCAUGUUACUCCUUCCCAGGUAUCUAAUAAGCAUUCUCUGUCUGAAUGACCCCUGAUCCUGUGAUUCUUUGGAUUUUUCAUGUAACUUUCUGCUCGGAAACCUCUCCUAACUCAAAAAGGUAACCUCAAGAUCAAAUUCACACUGAUGCCUAUAGCCCUCAAGGUACCCCACUGUCUGGGGCCAGUGAGCCCUUCCAGGGUUGUCAUCAACCUAUCUCUUCAACCACCCCCAACCUGGCCACACAAAUGAGAGGGGCUUUAAAUACACCCCAAGGGCAAUUUAGAAAGAAAAAGGGAGGCCACGGACGUGUGCGGUGCAGGAAAUGGGCAGCCUGGCUCUUCAGACACAGUGAGUGACAGAGUGCGUGCGUUACAGCCAGCAGAGGUGACCAGGGAAAAGGGAAUGGUGAGGGGUGUUACAGGACGCGUGGGGUUGGGGUGGGUGCUGUGGAGGGUGAUGCGAUGGCGAGUCUCGGUAUUUGGGCUGGUGCUUCUGUUGAUGGUGGGGUUGGAGUUGUGAUGGGCUGAUCUGCCAAUCUUGGAGUUGGGAUGGGGUAUUAAUGAUAACGGUUGUAGUUUUGAGGUUGGGAUGGGGUAACAAUAGUGGUGAUGAUGGUUAUUUGUUUAUUUGUUCAUUCAUUUACUCAUUUUUUUUUUCAGCUGACACUCACUCAUUCGUAUGGACAUUCAUUUUUUUUCUUACACCAUUUGUUUGGAGGCAGCAGAGGUGGCAGUGAGGACAGAUAGAGAUGGGGUGACCGAGAUGGUCGGCAUCACAAUGGGACCAUUUGCAUCCAGCCCCUGAUCACUGAGCUGACAGAGCUUCAAGGUCUUCAUCGCAGGUUCUUCACCUAACUCACUAUCCAAUUGGGAUAACCCAGAGGUAACCCAAUCCCAAGGCCCUUGGCAAUCAUCACAUCCCUUAGGACACUGGAAAUGAUGCAGAUGUGUUGGUCGAGGGACACACAGGACUUAGGUGUGGAAAACCUGUGAUUCUGAGAGUGAGGUGCUGGACAAAUCCCCUGUAGAUAGAUCCAGGCACCAGUCCCACAGGGCUGCUUCACCCCCACUCCUCCCAGGCAUCCCCCCACCACCAGCUCACAGAAAAUUAGCUGAGGGAUCAAUCUGCUUACCGCACAUUGUUCCAAGGCAGCUGAUGGCAGAGUAUUAAUAGCUCAGUGGCUCUGGCAACAGCCAGCUGGAAAAAGCAGGCAGAGGCUGUUGAUAAUCUAGCUGUGGAAUCUCGGGCCUGUGCAUGUCACCCUGAGUGCUCUGAGGGCAGAAAAAGUCCAGGGUCCCUCUGCUGAGCCAUGGACCCAAAUGGGCCAGUUUGUGGCUGGAUGAAACUCAGUCAAUAAGAGCUGAGCAGAUCAAGUCCAAUCAAAUGAAGCUCACCCCCAAUCUUAGCCACUUUCUAAAGAGGGAAGAGGUUUCAGGAAGGAAGAUGAGAGCCAGUGACUGGGAUUGUGCUAUUUUUGGAGGGGUGCAGGCAUGCAAUGAGGUCUGCAAUUCUUUAUUUGUUCAUUCAUUUAUACAUUUGUUCUUUCAUCUGACACUCAUUCAUAUGGGCAUUCAUUUUUUUUUUUACUCCAUUUGCUCAGUCAAUAGAACACUUGGCUGAGCGUUUCAGGACACAGGACCUAUAAGAGGCAGGAGCACCUGGCUUUAAGCUGUGAAGCAGGAUGUAGCAAACAUGCUUCCAGGAGUACAGUCCUUGAGUGAAGUAGGAAGUCAGGGGAUUGGGAUGAGAUUAGCAGGGAAGGCUUCCUGCAGGAGGAAAAGCGCAAGGCACUCCAAGCUGAAAGGAUGUCAUAAGCAAAGGGGAGGUGGCAGACACGGAGAGAGUGUGUUCAAGGUGAAUGGAACAGGCUACCGUGGGCCUUGAGGCAAGGGGGAGAGCUGGCUAGAGGUGUGAGGAUGAAGGAGGGAGAUGCCUCAUCCAAACCCUGACCCAACACUCAGACUCAUCAGCCUUGACUCCCAGCUGCUGAAUCUUGCGCAGAGGAAACAAGGUUUGAGGAUCGUUAUGCUUUGAGCAAACAAAGGAGGGUCCUGUUUCCAUGCGCAGGGAGAAGAGGCAGGACAGUUGUCAAAAGCGGUCAGAGCACAGAAAAGUUGAUCAGCAAACCAGAUGCAUCUGACUCACCUGGAGAGAAUUCCAACACCGUCACAGCCAGUCCCCACCUCCGACCCCCGAAUCAGGAUCCACAGAGGUCAGCCCCAGCAUGUCCAUUUGGGGGAAAUAAGUGCCAGGGUGAACCCGAAAACACGUGAUUAGGAAGCAGCGCUCUGAGGGAAUAUGAAAAAGCCAAAAAGGAAGCCGACAGACAGAGAAUGUCCUGGGAUGACCUGGUGUCAUCACCUUCAUUUUCAGAGUCUCACCCAACCCAUAACAGACUGCGCAGUACUUCAGUGUCGGCAAGCAGCGCCAGAACGCAUUCCGAACUGCCUGGCUGGGCCUAGUGUCUUGCAGAGCUGCAGCCUCCAUCUGAGAACUGAUGGCGGCCUCCCACCUACAAGGCUUUUCCUUUGGCAUGCUCAAAGCUGGCCCCCUCCAGACUCCAUCCACACCCCCCCUGCAGGGAGAGACUCCGGCCAUCCCUCCCACGGGCAAUGUCCAAGAGGCUGCAGCACCUUCCAGCCGUCAUAUCUCUAUGGGUAUUGGCCUUUCGUUUUGUCCUCUGCCACCUGCCCUGUGAACAUUCUGCAGUGACUUGAGCUGAGGGGAGCCCCUCCAGGCUUAGUCACAUAGCCCAGGGAAGUCUGGAGGCCGAAUCAUAGGUCAGAGAGUGUCAGGGUUCCAGUCAUGCCGGUUCCAGUCAUGCUGGGGCCAGCAGCACUCUCUGGAUAGAGAAAUUCAAGCUGCAGUUCCUUCUCCCCUCUGACCCUCAAUGUCUUUAUGAGUAAAUGAGCUGGUUGCAUACUAUCUCCAAAAUCCCCCCAGCUGCGAGACCCCCUGUGAACUAUGGAAAACUGCAGUCUAAUUUCUUCAGUUGGCCUUUGGCUACUGAGCCUCUCCAAGCAGAGGCCAACUCUUCAGUCAACCUUUGGUUAUGCAGGUAAACCCUAAAUCCUCUUCUAAAAAGGUAGAGGUUGAGACAAGGAGAGGUAUGGUCCAAAGUGAUGCGAGAGGCCAUCUGCCCAGGAGUGGAGGAUCAGGCCUGGCCAUUAGGAUGGGUUGCCUUGGCUUUCUCUUUGGCCCAACAGUGUUUUGGGGUCAUACAGGCUCAGGGAGGGAGUUCAGGACCAUGGGAGACUCUGUGUGUGGAGAGGGGGCAGGAUAAGCUAAGCCCUGCAAAAUGGGACAGCAAAUGGGACAGAAAGGAAAGACCCUGUGAAGGACUUCUAGAUGAUAGAAACAGCAGUGACUAAUCUAAUGUGUGUUUAUUGUUGAUUGAUUGAAUUGGAAAGGGGAAUAUAUGCAACAUGAUUUAAAUUUCAAGGGCAACAUUCAACAUGUUUAGACCAGAAAGCUAAUCUCCCUUUCAUCUUUCUCUCCAGCAACCUAAUCCCCACUACGUAACAGGGUACCUGUACAUCAUUCCUUAGAUAUUCUACGUGUGUGCAUGAGACUCGGUGUGGAGCUGUCCUCUUCUCCAUUGUAAUCUCCCAGGUCAUGCCCAAGCUUCUUAAGGAAGUCUUGUUAAAUGCCAGAUCUUAGCGUUCGUUAUGCUUUGGGCAAACAAAGGAGGGUCCCGUUUCCAUGCGCAGGGAGAAGAGGUAGGAGUAGAGCAGGACAGUUGUCAAAAGUGGUCAGAGCACAGAAAACCUGAUCAGCAAACUAGACGCAGCUUCAGCAGGAGGGGAUGAGGUGCCCAGGUCAGACUGGCAGAACAUAGGCGGAGUCUCUGAGGACCCUCAGCAAUGCUGGGCAGAGUGCCUUUCAGAGUCUGGUAUGUUCUGCAGCUCUAACUUUCCACAAGGAGCAGUUUAGCUGCCAAGAGAGCUGGACCCCCUGCUAAAGACUGCCCCCAGUGCUUUUAGAAAGUACCAGUAAUGGACAAAAAAAUCACAAAUGAUAAUGACCAAGUGGCUCCAUGCUAAGCUCCUGGACCAGGCAAAACCUGGAGUGAGAGCACAUCCCUCCAGAAAUUCAAGCAUCUGGUGCACAUUUGAAGAGUCACAUGGGAGAUGGGGGGCUGUUGGCCAACAGCUGAAAACAGGAAACAUUUUUCCCUCGUUGGCAAACUUGGGGUAAUAAUCACUGGCAAGAUUAGGCCUAGGCAAAAUGAGUGCAAAGAACUCACCACACCGCCUGGCAGAGCAACAAAACAGUUCUUCCCGAUCCAUUAGUUCUUGCUUGUGGCUAAGCACUGUUCACUCCAGAAUGUCCCCCAGUGGCUAAUCGAGCCCCUGAUUCCCCCAGGGUCUCCUUUCUUCCUCCCGUAGGAUCAGCUCGCCUUCUCUUCCUCAGUGGACCAGACACUCCGUGGUCCAAUGGUUCCCUGGGGAUUCCCCGAGCCUGGCUGUGAAGCAGGAUGCAGAUGCCUCUGCAUCCGUGCUCCUAUAAAAAUAGCCCUCCACAGUCAUCAUCAUCAUUUCAUUGUGAAUCCCAACAGAGAGACAACAGAAACGACCCCUCAGGGAUUUCUAUGAUGUGUGGGAUGCAGCAGAUGCCAUGGGCCUAUCCAGAUGCCCCUCCCACCCAUGUGUCUGGAGCACAGCCCACCCUCUACCCUGAGGCCCAGAAGAGCAGCCCUCGCCAGCCUGCACUGCCUGCAGAGUUUUGGGCACAGGGCCAGCCCUGGCCAAUAGCACUAAUAGGAAUUCUGCCACGGACUCCAAGGAAAAGACUUUUUUCCCUACUGAUAAGGAAUGGCUGAGUAGGAGAACUCUGUUUCUCUGCUGCAUGGAAAGGCCGCAGUCUUCCUGCAACCACUGAGAGCAGCAUCACAGCAGACAGCAGUGGCAGAGGGGAAUGAUGAAAACUCAAUGGGGUCCCUGAGGACCUCUGGAGCCACCGCAUCAACUCUGAGACCACCCACACCUAUGCUUUUGCUGUGGCAUAUCAUACAUGUCCUUGUUCUUAUAGCUGUUUUACUUUGGGUCUUCUUUGCUUUCAGUCCAAAGCAUCUUGAA